AUGUCGCAGGUUUCUCAGAUUCAGUCAAAGGGGAUUUACCGGGGCCUCCCUACCUUUCCGGACACCCACGAAGGGUACACGGCUGUGGUGGCGGGCGCCAACGGCAUUUCCGGUCACCACAUGCUGCGUGUUCUGUGCGAGUCACCGAAAAGAUGGAAGAAGAUUUAUGCUGUUUGUCGACGACCUCCUAAUGGCGAGUGGCCAGCCCAUGUUGAACACGUUUCGCUGGAUCUCCUUCAAGCGCCCGAAAUCCUAGCAGCAGAGUGUUCAAAGCGUGGAAUAAAGCCUGAUUAUGCGUUCUUCUUUGCCUAUAUCCAGCCGAAACCCAAGGAAGGCGAGGCCAUCUGGAGUGCUGUGGAUGAAUUGGUGAGAAUCAAUACGCUGCUACUGAAAAACUUCCUCGAGAUGUUCGCAUUGGCCCAAACACUCCCCAAGAGGGUUCUUCUUCAACUCGGGGCCAAGUAUUACGGUGUACACCUAGGGCCGACCACCGUGCCACAGGAGGAAUCAGACCCUCGCGUGCUGAUCGAGCCCAAUUUCUACUAUCCGCAGGAAGACUAUCUGGUUAACUUUGCUCAAUACCAUAAUAUUGGGUGGAAUGUUAUCCGUCCAUCCUGGAUUCCCGGCGCAGUUCCUGAUGCUGCGAUGAGCCUUUGUCUCCCUCUGGCAAUCUACGCGGUCGUUCAAAAGCAUCUCGGGAGGCCGCUGGAAUAUACUGCUGAUUUAUUAGCAUGGCAAGCCAACCAGACGAUGUCAUCGGCGAUGAUGAAUAGUUAUCUUGGAGAAUGGGCCGUUCUGACCGACCAAGCAAAGAACGAGAGUUUCAACGCCUCCGAUGACUGCGCCUUCACUUGGGAGAAGUUCUGGCCGAAGCUAGCAAAGCGUUUCGACAUGGAAUGGAAGGGUCCAGUGGAUGACCCAUCGCAAUACACAGAGACUGAAUUUCAAUAUAACCCUCCCCCUCGUGGAUAUGGACCCCCAGCCAAACUGCGGACCCGGUUCACGUUGACAGAAUGGGCGAAGAAGCCCGAGAUCCAAGAUGCCUGGAAGGAAAUAGCCGCGAAGAAUGGGCUUGCUGAUGGCACUCUUGGCGAUGUCGACCGGGUCUUUGGAUUCACUGAUGUUGCCCUGGGCAGCCCGUACCCUAUUCAUUUCAGCACGGCGAAAGCUAAGAAGUUCGGCUUCUUUGGCUUUGUCGACUCGACCGAGUCGAUAUUCGAUGUCUUUCAGGGCUUUGUCGACCUCAAAAUGAUUCCCCCUCUCCCAAGGGAAUCCGCUUGA